AUGCCACACUUGCCGUCAACUGCCUCCAACCUGCACGUGACGGCAUCGGAUAUAAGUCUUUUUAGCCAUUCUGACGAUGAUCCUAUGUGUGAAAGUGAAGGCAUCACCCGCGAGCAACUGGCGGCACGCACCCUAAUCAGCGAGCAGCAAGAAGACAAUGAAAGUGAGAUGCUAGGUCAAGAGCUGCUCGAGGCGCUGCGGCUCGGCACGAGUAAUUUUCUGCUGGCAUACAACAUUCGUGCAGGUAUUGCGGUCUUAUUGCGCCUCUUUAAAUUGUUGCAACGACAACGGUGGAAAGCAGUGACCAACCUGCCACAAAUAUUAGAUGAGAAACACCUUCACUUUCGCGUUGAUGCCGUACGGCUUGGUAUGUUUCUAGGCUGGUUUACAGGUAGCUACCGAGCAUUGAGAGCAUUGUUACCCGUAAUUUUGCGCCGAGUUGUGCGUAAGAAUCGAUUUAAAGAUAAGGAAAGGCUUGACAAAAUUUCAGCCUUGGGCUCUGGAGCUAUUGCAGCUCUGGUGCUGGGAUUUGUGGACGAGAGAAAACGUCGAUCGUUGGCGCUGUAUAUGUUUACUAGAGCGUUGCAAUGUGGAUAUAAUACGGCCAAAAGGCAUAAUCGGUGGCAUUUUUGGGGUAGUGACUGGCAAUACGGCGACCUGCUACUAUUUGCUCUCUCGAGUGCGCAAGUCAUGUACGCGUAUGUAAUGAGACCAACAACGCUACCCUUGGCGUACUUUAGAUUUAUCCAGCGUGCAAGUCCGUUGAAGCAAGAAACGCGGGAUAUGGUGCAGCUAAUGAAUCGCAGUAGUUCCAUGAGUCCUGCUAUUUCCCAAAGAUUAAUGGAUCGGAACGUGGAACUUUCUAAAAACUACUUAAUUCCAGCUGAUAUCGUGCCUUGCAAACACUUGCAUGCUAGCGCUGAAUCGUGUGUGGUGGGUGCACUUUUGUGCUUCAAAAACGCCUUUCAAAAGACAUUCCCAUUGUAUAUGUCGCUCUUCACCGUGCCAGGCGUCGUCAUCCACUUUAAGAGCUUCUUGCAAACGCCACUUCGGACGUUGGCGCGCUCAACUUUUAAUGCAACACGAUCCAGUUGCUUUUUAGCGUCCUUCGUGACGCUAUACUUGUCCAUUAUGUGCGUGCACCGCCGCAUUGUCAGCAAAGACCAUCGCUUUGUCUACUACUUGGCUGGAUUGGGAGCUUCAACGACAAUUCUUCUGGAACCUAAAAGCCGACGCUCUGAGUUGGCCCUAUACGUGUUGCCUCGCGCUUUGGACAGCUUGGCAAUGAUCCUUAACGAUCAUGGAGUCUGUGUGGGCUUUAAAUUUGGCGAGGUUGCUCUCUUUUCAUUCUCAAUGUCGGUUUUGAUGUAUUGCUAUGAGCACGAGAAAGAGUCGAUGAGUCCAUUUCUAUACAGUACGAUGAAGCGCUUCUUGCAGACCUCAACUGACAAGAAGCAACUUUAUAUAGCUUUUCUUGAGAAAAGAGAAAGAUGCCUUUCGCAGCUUGUUCCACCGACAUCAACUAUUGUUUCUGCAUAA